UCAGUGCGUCCGUGGUAGGCAAAGUGAAGGGUUGCAUCUUUUCGAGCUCUGUUAGCUUGACACGUUGUUCUCUCGCCUCGUCCGCCAGCGGGCCAGAGCUACCUUCUCGAUCAUUCUCUCUGUCUCUCAUUUGAUUUCAAGGAACAUUCUAUACGUAUAGUGGACGCCUUACCGAAGGUAUAUCGUUCCCACUGCUAGCAUAUAGCCUGGUAUACGUGAACCAUCGGCCAGAUCUUUAUUGUCUGUAAAUAAGAGAGGCCUUCCUAUAUUGAUUUGCAAGACGUCAGACGGUGCUGGCCGGGUGCGAGUUGAGCUGGCAGGCGCAGACUUACACCUUUUGAUACCGGUGAUCUAAGUUUCGAGUCACAUGACUAGGUCAGGAAGAUACGGUGCUGUCACGAGCGCCUCCGCUCUAGACCACCGAGCUGCUAUGGAUGGUGCCAGGGACGAAGACGAUGACGUCAUACAAGAAGCUGACGUCAUGGGGCCGGCAGCGUCAAAUCAACCUGAGGAGGACACGGCUCCCCUUUUACGGAGGCAUCGAAGGGACAGCGCGAACGCCAUGACCAGUCGAAAUCCUUUGGUGGACUUCCUAGCGGCCGUCUUCGGCAUAGGAGCUUGGGUCUCCGUCAACGGCCUCUGGGUGGAGCUGCCCUUGCUCGUGCAAGAGCUCCCUGAGAAGUGGAAUCUCCCGUCUUUUCUUACAGUUAUUAUUUCGAUCGCCAAUGUCGGACCCAUUGCCUACUCAGCAUGGCGCCUUUACAAACCCAGACAGCGUCCAGCUCCUGUUGUGUACGGACUGCUGUUCUUGGGAUGCGUUGCGUCGCUUUUGCUGUCGCUGUUGUGGGACCGGACGUCUGUGAUAGGAGCCAAGGAGCAUUCGACAGCCCUUCUCAUUCUCGUCUUCAUGCUGUCUCUCGUCGACUGCACGUCAUCCGUCCUUUUCAUCCCCUACAUGGCAAUCUGGAGGAAUAUAUAUCUCCCGUCCUACUUCGUAGGCGAAGGGCUCUCGGGUCUUCUUCCAGCGCUGGUGGCGCUGACGCAAGGCGCCGGCGGGGAAGUCCAAUGCGUCAACCAGACGUUUGGCAACGAGACGCACUUGGUUCCAGCGCCUCUGGAACCCAACUUUUCCGUCCAGGCGUUCUUCCUCAUCCUUUUCGCCAUGAUGGUCGCCAGCGCCGCCGCCUUCACCCUGCUCGAGUUCCUUCCCAACAUCAAGGGCGAGAGGGCGUCUUCCCCGACGGAGAGCGAGACCGAGAUCGAAGUCUCGCAGUCGAAGUCCCAACUGGUGAUCGACCCGCCCACGAAGCGCAUCAUGCGGACCAUGAGUUACAGGCUGUACGUCUCGAUGCUUUUGGGCCAAGUGUGGGCCUGCAGUCUCACCAAUGGCGUCCUGCCCUCCGUCCAGUCAUUCUCCUGCGGGCCUUAUGGCAAUGUCACCUACCAUUUGGCGGCCACGCUGUCGGCUCUCGCAAACCCUGCGGCGGCGCUGGCUACUUUGAUGCUGCCCAGGGCGAAGGCUUGGGUUCUGGCUGUGCUGGGGACCCUGGGCACCAUCGUCGGAGGGUAUCUCAUGGCCACUGCCCUCCUCAGCCCAUCUCCUCCGCUGGUUGACGAAACGGGAGGGAGAGCUCUUGUGGUACUGUCGUGGGUGCUAUUCAUCGCUCUGAUGACCUACGUGAGGGUGGAGAUCGCCAACCUGAUGAGAGAGGAAGGCGCGCACGCGCUCUUCUGGUGCGGUGCCGUUACGCAGAUAGGGUCAGCUGGUGGAGCCAUAAUAGGGUUCCUCUUGGUCAACGUCUUCAAGCUCUUUGCAUAUUAUGACCCAUGUUCUUAGUUUCGUGUCUUUUAAAUACUGGUACAUGAGUAUACGUACACUAGUUCACCCAGUGAUGACAUCAGAACCAGAUCUACUCUCUUUGGUAAUGUCAGUUAGUACUAGGUGAAAUGUUAGUUAUAUUUUUUUUUUCACUCGUACAUCUUAGUCACAAGUGUUUGUGACUAUUAAAACUAUGAUGUGAUACGCGGAGUCGCAGCGAAUGAUUUCAGCAUUAAGUUCUUUUAUCUGCGUUAUAUUCUUAUAUUUCAAAUUUCUGUUUUUACCAGCAGCUGAAAACUUAUAUCGAUGUAUGUAAGUACUUUUUUUUUUAGGUUUUAUGCCGACACUUAUUUUAAGAGGCUUUAUAAAGCAUUGAUACAUUUCCGGAGUUUUAUAAGGUUAACACUGCGCGAAAUGCGUUUGCCUUUUCAAUUACAAUGUUAUGUAAAUAAUUACUUUUUACUUUUAGAAAAAUAUCAUUAUUUUUGUCAUUCUUUUAAGAUGUUAGAUAGCAUAGUACUGUUGUCUGUAUGCCUAACGAAUAACUCCUUACGAGCACAAUAUAGACAUUUGCGUGUUACCCUGUAACAACAUCUCAUACGAUUUUAUUUUUACAAUUUCAAAGCUGUAGGUCUUCCUGUUUUAUUCAACUGUCUUUUGAAGACAUUAAAUGCUACCAAAUUAAAUAGCUAUUCCCCGGAAAUAAUUUCUUAUUAUACGGAUGGACUAUAUUGGGAACUCGCUUGCUGGAAAUAGAUUUCCAAUAUAACGUAAUAUGCUUUCAGAGCUAUGUCCGAGGAUUUUGUCCAUGUUAUUGAUAAAAUGCAUAAAUGAGCGAAUUCUUAAAUAGUUUCACACAUGAAAUCAUUGCCCAUUAAUAAUAACUUUUAUUUUCUCAGUUUCGGUGACAUCAGAAAAUAAGGAAAAAUUACGUCUAGGCUUUGAACCUAUGUAAAUCGAACCUUUUCAUACAAUUUCAAAGUUGCUGUUUUGAAGGGUCACCCUAGAAUUGUUUAUAAGAAUGAGAACAAUAGGGGAAAAGUGUAGCUUACCCGAAGUCUCAGUAAGUGCCAAACUCUAAUGCUGUAUUUGAAAUGGGUUACCACAUGCAAACGGUCACAGUUGCAGUUACUGUACCAGAGUAUCAUCUCUGGUAACAGAGGCUUUCAGGCAGGAUGAGAAGAAGGCCCAUUUCACAAAGAGGAUAUUACCCCCAAAAUCUUCAAAUUUGACCAUUCCAGAAUUGAGAAGCGAGGACCAGAAUCAAUGCACAAUCCUUUACUUACAUUUUUUUGUGUGGGGUAAAAAAAAAGUGUAUGAAUGAGUGUGUGAUAUGUUUAAAGAAAUAUAUACAGCUCCUCAGUGGCGUGGUCGGUGUGGUUUUGGCCUGCCACCUCGGUGGCUGCGAGUUCUCGGGCAUUCCAUUGAGGGGUGAGAGAUGUGUAUUUCUGGUUAUAGAAAUUCACUCUCGACGUGGUUCGGAAGUCACGUAAAGCCGUUGGUCCCGUUGCUGAAUAGCCACUGGUUCCAUGCAACGUAAAA